ACUGUACUUUUUAAGGAAAGCUCCUAGACAAGUGGAGGGAGGCCUGCGUCGCCUACAACGCCGCCGUCAGGAUGGUGAUGACGGUCUGGCUCAGGAGAAGCCGUGAGUGAGGACAACAAGGAUAACACGCCCCGCCGGUGACUCCUCGUUUGUCAUGCCUGAGCUCCUGACGUUUACCUGCUAUCAUGAUAUCUAACAGGCGAUUUCCGGAGACUUUUUUUGCUUCCAGGAAAUCAUGUUGCCUUCCGCUGCAUAAUACUAAAACCCUGAGAUACGAGCUUGAUAUCGGUUUAAUAGACUGUUUUAUUGCUUCAUUUCCACUCAUCAUCUAAUCAUAUCAAAGGCGAGAAUAGGAUCACAUUUACUUAACAUCACGUGAGUAUAAGCUAUCAGCCACACCGCACACUUUUUAUGACCUGAAUGUUCUCCUCCACUUUAUGAAAACCGCGAAUCAUUGUCAUAAACACGAACGGACCUCCCGGCUCCAAGGUGGCGGCAUAAUGAGCAGCGGGAUGUUGAUGAACCGCAAGUCACGCCGGACGUUGAUCUUUACCUGAUUACUAUCGCCUCGCCUCGCCUCCUCCCGUGCGCUGUGCCGGGAGAAGGAGGCUCUCUCUGUCCCUCCCGUGGCUAUGUGGCUGGAUGCUGCGGCCUAACUGCGCCCUCCCUGACUAGGUAACAAUCUCCCCGUGCAAUGUCUAUCUAUGGUAAGUAACGCCGCGAGGGAAUCGGUCAGUUGGUCGUCCCUAGGUGCCAUAAGUCAUGUUAGUUGUCAUCUUGUUUGGUCAUUGAUUCUUAGAAGCCUGACUCACACAUGUUUUAAAUUAUACCUAAACUUUCCGUGGAGUUCAUCGUUGCGGCUCCUUUAAUAUAGGUGCAAUGUUACCUCUCCUCAUUUCGUUUUUACUCUAUCGGCUCGUGCUCGCUCUCACUCCCCCGCCUCGCUGUUGCCUAACCGUCCCUAGUGUCCGGGCUGUGUGGAUGUAGAGAAGGGAUAUGAGAGACCAAAACCCUAAAAUUCAGCCUAACUAGCGAGCCCCUUUCAGCUCCGCAUAAUCAGAAAUAAGCCCUAGUUACGCUUUAAUUGGACGCCCACACCUGGCCACCUCCGCCGCGGUCAUUCGUCAUAGGAGGAGACGCCAGCCAGUUUAGGGAGACAGUUGUUGAUGUCGCUCAUGAGUGAUAGACUCGCGGUAUCAGAUGAUGUUCCUUGCACCUGGGCGGCAUCGAUGCUCGGCCCGCCAGGUGAGCAAUAUGUGCUGCGCCUCUACCUUAGCUGGAGCCAGACACAACAGGCAAUAACACCCACUCGCUAAGCUCCGCGGUGGAAACGACUCGCUAGUGUGUGGAGUGUUGGCGAGGCGGUGGUAACGGCAGCGGCCAGGCAGGUGUGCGAGUGGCAGACAGGUGUAGGGUAGACAACAACCCACCGUGGCGGGGGAGCCUCGCGAGGGAGGUGCUGGGGGACUGCAGUGGUAGCAAAGUUGCAAUAACGUGGCCCGCGACAGGGUGUCACCCGUGAUAAGAGUGAGGAUGGAAUGCAUGGGGCGAGUGGAGGAGGGUUGCCAAAGGGGAGGCGGUGAUGGCGGGUGGCGGGGCCCCGGGGAGGUACGGGUGGGCGGUGCCAGUGCCGGGCGCGGGGCGGGGUGAUGCAGCCCUCCCCGGCCGACGUCCCCCGCCUCACUGAGCGCUAGUGGAGGCGCCGCGGCCCCACUUCUGCCAAGGCGGCGUCCCCUCUUGCUAGCGUCCCGCCUGCACGUCGUCUGGCCACACGCCACUAACUCCCCGCGCUGCUCACAGAUGUCGCGGGCGGCGCGCCCGGCUCGCUGCUGCGCAUCCCCGGCCCUCAUGCUCUUAUUUACGGUUUGUUUAUAGUCGUGCAUCGUCACAUGGGCGCUCGGUGGGGCCAGGCGCGCUCCGACUGCUCGUAAUUUAUCCGGACGGAGACGGUGGUCGGAGGCUCGGAGUGGGGUGCAGGGCUCGCGCAAGGUCCGCGGGUCGGGCCACCUCGUUGCGCCCGCUACCACUCUCAUUAUCUUGUUAACCUCCACUCAUGCAGCCAUUCCUAUUGGUUGCUGUCGGUCACGUGGUAGUAUUCCCAGCCCAUAAAUGGAGUAAUGUGCAAGUGCUAGAGGUUUUCCUUCGAGUAGUGUCGCCAUAAUUCAUCAACAUUGGGUGGAACAGUGGACACGAGGGCACUCCAGGAGCUAAUCACCUGCGGACUUCCGCGAUGAGCUCCUACCAGUUCGUGAACUCCAUGUCCGCCUGCUACGGACAGCAGCGCGGACAAGAUGGUAGUGUGGUGAACACAGACUACUACGGUACUUCACUCAACAGUUACAACAAUUGCUAUUCACCUCCUCUGCAAUAUGGAGGGUACACACCUUCGGGAAUAUCAGUUGUCCCAAACGGGAGCGAGUUUUCCGCCGGCGGUAGUAGCAGCGCUUCGGGAACUUCUGCGUCAACCGCGUCAGCGUCGUCGGUAGGGACCCCGAGUGGCUCCGGCGGAUCCUCCACGCCAGGCCCCUCCGUGCAGGGCCGUCUACACCAGACCUCCAGCUCACCCGCCUCCACGCCGCAGGCACCCAACUCCUCCGCCUCCUGCAAGUUCGCCUCCACGCCAGAGUCCUCGGCCAAUCCAGUUGGCUCCCCACAGGACUUGACCGUCACGACUGGCGGCAGCGGGCCCGGCUCGAGUAGCUCCGGAAGCGGCUCUGAGCAAAACAGCUCUAGUCAGGGCGGCGGAGGCAGCACCAGCAACUCCGGCGGAGGUGGUGAGGGUGCAGAAGGAAGUGAGAGUCUGGAAGGAGCCUCUGGAAGUUCUGGAAGUUCGUCAACGACCAAGACACAACCACAGAUCUACCCGUGGAUGAAGAGAGUCCACCUCGGCCAGAACCAAAUACCGAAGAAAGAAGGUACGGUGAACUCCAACGGCGAGACCAAGAGACAGAGGACUUCCUACACGCGAUACCAGACGCUGGAGCUGGAGAAGGAAUUCCACUUCAACCGCUACCUGACGCGGCGGCGGAGGAUAGAGAUCGCCCACGCCCUCUGCCUCACCGAGCGACAGAUCAAAAUAUGGUUCCAAAACAGGAGGAUGAAGUGGAAGAAGGAGCACAAGAUGGCGAGCAUGAACGCAGGGAUGGGCAUGCACCCCCAGGCGUACCAUCAAAUGCACCACCAGAUGAUGCACCCCCACCACCUGCACCCCCACCUAGCCGACUUCGAUACAAAAGGUUACUACUAGGGAUCAGCCUGGUCGUGGUAACUCAUAUGUUGAUAACUCAGCCAGCGAGAGUGGAUGGCUCUGUUGAUCAUAUGAGAUGCUGCGACUAGGGUGUACCGGUGGAUCUUCCCCCAAGUCACUCACGGACCGGAUAUAUGGACUACCCUUCAGGACUACGCCACAACGUCGACUUCCGAGCACCCACCAGCACCCACGGCGCGAGGACCGGCAGCCACAAAGAGCGUGCAAGACCCGGCCAGGCGCGAGGUGGCGAGGAAACGUUUGGGAGAGAAAAAACAAACACGGAAAAUGCUUCAAAAUCAAUGUGCUCACGGGUAUACAUUCUGACUGAAAUAUCACGAAAAAUUAUAGAAAAAAAACUGAUCUGAUGAAGCUAUAAUUAUUUUAAAAGUAAAAAAAGGCUUACUUAAUCAACGGCGUGAUGCAAGAAGCACACUGAAUACAAUAGUUGAAAUUUCCACGUCACUGGCUGAAAGCGUUGAGCAGAGCCACUAAAAAUGGAGAGUCGCUAUAAAAAUUGUGAAACAAGUGAGUGCAAAAUGUGGGAAAUAAAAGUUAAUUUAUUGUAAGCGAACGAAUGAGAAAGGAAUGAAAGCGUGUCUUGGAGAGUGAAGGUAAACGUCACACAAUAGAAUUAUUCGGUGAAAAAUCUUUGUGAAACAUGACAUUUAACAGUUUGUUACAAACAGUGCUGAAGAAAUUAUAUGUUUAAUUGACUCGCCGCACACAGCCCACAUAUCAUCGAAAGUAAUGACGUAAUUAGUGGGUUUCAAAUUGGCAAAUUAAUAUCACUUAAAAUGCAAAGUGAUUAAAUUAAUGUUCCACGUGUCGAUUAGCCAACAUUUGGACGUUGCGGCGUCCCGCUGAUGAACAUUUCCGUGAGCACUUCAUUGCCGGGCCGCGGCGCGCGGCACAGACCAGCGGCGGCUCGUGGCAGGAGCCGCCCUGGAGGAGGCGGCGAGCGAGGCGGCAGCGCGGCCUCCUCCGCCACGGGUGCUGAAGGGUUGUGAAGCUCAUCUCAAGGCUUCUUUCUUCUCUUAAUUUUAUAGCUCCUUUGUUGGAAGUGAAUUAUACUCACGUAGAGAGAACUUUUGCAGCGAACUCGGGAUAAGUGCACAAGUACGUCCCUCGCACGCCGGUGUGCGGGAGCCAGGUCGCCUGAACCUGUUCGGAAAGCUUCGUCCUCACGUCCCGGCCGAGUUGUGAUCCCGUGUCCGAGCGGCCCGUCAGUCUGCCAAAGCUCAGUGCGAUCCCUGAUAAGUUGUUAUAAUUCCUAAGUUAGGGAUAUUCUUUGUCUUUUAUUGUUAAGAUAAAAUUAUUUUAUUUGUUUAUUUUAACUCAUUGCCAAAAUGAUUCCCAGAUCGAUUGUUAAUGAAGAUAUAGAUAAAAUAAUUUUAACUUGUAGGCCGAGUAACAAAAGUUAUAAGGUUUACCAGUUUGUUCUGUAGGUCUCCUCUGAGACGUUCAUUAUAUGUGAUGCUAAAAUAUGUACAGGCAGUGUUUUACACCUCAUAAUAUAUAUUAAUAAUCUUUCCUCAAAGGUGAACCACAUGUCCCUCUACAGACUACAAGCAGAGGUUAUUCCCAGGACCGUCACAAACACCACCAACGCGUCGCACAAGCUUUGCAAACAAGCAGAGAAAGUCCUCUUGGCUGUUAGUGCAGACAACGACUGUCCUCGGCGAUGAGCAGCCAUCCCCCACACCUGCCCUACACACCUGUCCCCACACCGACACACACCUUGCAAGCUGUAUCAUUAACACAAUUCAUGACAGUCCCCCACACCAGGCCGUCACCCCUGCCAGUGUUCCCCGGCCCAGACACGACACCCCGCGAGUACGGGACACACACGUCACGUCAUCGGAAACCCCAACAAACAAACUAGUUGAGCCUUCAUUCAGUAGUGAGACUCCAUAGACACCAAUCCUCGACACCCUGUUUUUUGACAACGUUACCUUAAGAGUUACUGACCCGCCCCCACCCAGCACGGGGCGGCAGACCGUGUCCUGUAGGCGGUGAAUGUUUGAGCUGCUUGGCUAAGGUGAAUGCCCAAGUAUAUAUGAGCCUCAUUUUGUGCAAUGCUGUCCAUAUGGCUUUAUUAAAUGGUGUAAAAAGUUAUAGCGAUGAUACUGUAAUCAUGGCGGUAGAUUUGUUGCAUAGCAGUAAGAGGUCCAUCCCUCCCUCCGUUUCUUUCCUUCUUGUUGCUUGGAUUUCCUAUGUCUCCUCCUCACUCUCUCUUCCUCCGCCUGUCUCCUCUCCUGCCGCUACUCUUCUCCAGCUUCCGUCUUCACCAUACAUGUAUAUUUCCACUUCAUUCUCACCCCUCUCGGCUCCCUCUCACUCUCGCUUCCCUCUUACUUUCAGUUCCCUCUCACUCUCAGUUCCCUCUCACUCUCACUUCUCUCCCUCUCCUCCCUCUCAGCCCCCGUCCCCUCCCUCCCAUUUUCGUGUUUCCCGGCGUCGGCUGGUUAACUAAAAAAAAACAUUUCAUAGAAGAUGCGAGAUUUUUACAACAUAGGAACCGACCGUAGUUAAUUAUUUUUCCUGUUGAUAUAUUUUUUUUGUGCCUCUAUAGCGUUACUCCAAUUAGUUGUUCUUUUCUUGUUCUGAUUUUAUAAGACAAAUGUGUUAUUUUACUUCAUUUUUUUUAUAUGAUUAACCAGAUUAACCAAACAGAGGUCAUACUCUUAAAAAUAUAUAACCUUAGUCCGUUUUUUACUGUUUCCUCUCUCUCUCUCUCUUUCUUUAUUUCCUUCCCUGGUUUCUUACUGUUUCCAUAUAAUGUUUCUGGAUCAUUUAUAACCUGAUUCCUGUUUUUUUUAUAUAGGGAAAACUAUCCAUGUUGUAAUUAUUAUCCGCAGAACUGCUCUUUUUUUUAUUUACUACACAAUAAAUAGGUUUGCGUUCUGGAAUACGCUUUUCAAAGUAUACGAUUAGUUUUAAGAGUUAAGCAAUAUCCCUGUAAAAAGUUGUCUACUGUAAAUUAACAAUGAUGAUAAAGAUACGGAUAAUGAUAAAAAAAUAAAUAAAAUCUUUCUAAAGGCAUAGACCACAAUUCAUUGACAAAAAUAAACUGUGUCCA